UGGGAGGGGACUGGUGGCUGGUGGGUUAGAGCAGAGGGGGUGGGGAGCCAGGACUCCUGGGUUCUCUGUUCAGUCUUUGCCUGUGCACAAGUAUUUGAACACAUCUCUCUAUCUCUGGCAUCUGCCUUUCGUUCCCUUGUGGCCAAGGCCCGGGAGGAACUGAAACCGAAGCCCCCGCCCUGAUGCUGCUGCCUGAUAGCGGGGGGGGGGGGGGGGGCUGCUUCACCCCGUGAGGGUCAAAGGGUGCAACACCCGCCGGGUUUGUGCAACACCCCCCGGGCCCAUUUCACUUCCAGCCGAGGCCCAGGGGGGAGCGGAGAUGAGGCGCUGGGGAGCCUGGAUCCUGCUGGUCGGGGCGGCGUUAAUUUGGCUCCUUCACACCGUGAGGCUCAAACUGAGACAGACCCCGCAGGGGACCCCUUGCCCCGGCCCCGGCGCGGUGGAGCUGCCCGACGGGACCUUCACCUUCCGCUUGGAUCCCGCCGCCUUCCGGGCCGAGUUCCCCCAGCUGCAGAGCUACCGGUGCCGGGAGCUGAUCCCAGGGGACGGGGUUUGCACCGGGCCCCCGGGGCCGCCCCUGCUGCUCCUGGCCGUGAAAUCCCACCCAGCAUCCAGCGCCAGACGGGCCACCGCCCGCCGCACGUGGGCCCGGCCCGGGGUGCUGGGGGGCUACCGGGUCCGAGCCGUCUUCCUCGUGGGGGUGUCCCCCGAGCCCCGGGACAUGGCCCUGCUGGAGGAGGAGAGCCAGGAGUUCGGGGACGUGGUGCUGUGGGAUAUCGGCGAGAGCCACCACAACCUGUCGCUCAAGGAGCGCUGCUUCCUGCGCUGGGUGGGGGCGCGCUGCGGGCAGGCGGAUUUCAUCUUCAAAGGGGACGAUGACGAGUUUGUGAACCCCCCCGCCCUGGUGGCCUACCUGCACCAGACGCCCAACGCCGCCCACGUCAUCCACGGCAACAUCCAGUGCCAUGCGGUCGUGUUCAGAGGGGGGAAAUAUCGUGUCUCCUCCGCCCUGUUCCCCCAGGACACGUACCCCGACUUCCCCGCCGGGGGCGGGUUCCUCCUGCCCAGGGUCACCGUCCCGGCCCUGGCCGCGGCCUCCGAGCGCAUCCCCGUCUUCCCGCUGGACGACGUCUACUUGGGCUUCCUGGUGCUGGCCGCCGGGCUGCGGUACCGGCACGACGACCGAUUCCAGGUGUACGGCAUGAAGGACGAGCUGUGUCUGUACGGGGAGGCCUUCGUGGUGCACGGGGUGUUGCUGGACAGGGCGGAGGAGGUGUGGAGGGGGUUGUACGAGGAGCGACGGUGCAACGGGAUGGGGCCUUUCCCCUCUUAGGGGGGCAGGGAAUGGGGCAGGGGCCUGUCCCCUCUAGGGGGCGCCGGCCACCCGGGAGAUGCUGGGUGAGUGUGAUGCUCUGUACCUCGGGGUCAUUUUCAUCCUUAUCAAGGAAGAUCAGGGUGGGAAGGGACCUCAGGAGGUAUCUAGUCCAACCCCCUGCUCAAAGCAGGACCAACCCCAACUAAAUCAUUGUGACAAAGUGGGACUGUUCGCACUGGGGGCUGGGUACAGAUCCUAA